UGUGAGUGGGAGAGAGAGAGAGAGAGAGAGAGAGAGAGAGACCUCGGCGGAGAGGAGGAGAGAGAGAGGGGAGGAGAGCUCCGUCUCUCCCGGUGCACUAAGCAGUCUAGUUGCGGGCUGCUGUGCUGUUGCUGUCGUGGCGUGGCUGGUCGCGCCAGGCGGGGAACUUCACCACACUGGAGCCCGGAGUCCCACUCUCUCACCUGCGCAGUUCGGAGCUGCCAUGGGUCUCUCGCCUGGAUUUUCUGUCCUAAUUAUUCUACCGGCCUUUCUGCUGCACACCAGCGGCCUUUACAUCGCCAGUAGCGUUGACUCCCUGCAGCAUGUCCUGGGGGAGUAUGGACUGGUGAGGCCGAUCAGUGUGGAUGCAGAGGGCCACUUCCUGUCACAUGCCGUCUCUGCUGACCACGUGGCAGGGGGGCAGCCCCGUAGGCGCUGGAAGAGGGAGGUCGGAGUAGGCAGUGAGGAGUGGAAAGAACCAAGGGAAGAGCCUCUAGAAAGGCUUUACUACAACGUCACCAUCUUCGGCCGGGAGUUCCACCUGCGCCUGCACCGCAAUGCCAGGCUGGUGGCCCCCGGAGCCAAGAUAGAGUGGCGUGAUGACAGCGACAGCACCCGGCACUCUGAGCCACUGCACGAUGAAUGCUUGUACGUAGGUGACAUCACAGACACACCAGGAGCCACUGUAGCCAUCAGCAACUGCGACGGCCUGGCCGGUAUGAUCAGAAUGGAGCAAGAGGAGUUUUUUAUCGAACCAGUGGAGAGGGGUGAUGGAGUGAUAGAAGAGGAGGAGGGAGGAGGAGGAAGGACACACGUCGUCUAUCGCUCCUCAUCCAUAAAGAAAGCGCCCAUCAGCAGCGCGGCGGCUGACUACCACUCCAGAGGAGCUGAUCUCGGUGGUCUGAUGGACCUGGAGUCCCUGUACCUCGGUGUGGAGCAAAGCAUCAACCACACACGAGCGGGGCGGAUGCGCAGGCAGAGCCUGGACAGGGCCUACAACAUCGAGGUCCUGUUGGGUGUUGAUGACUCGGUGGUCCAAUUUCAUGGAAAGGAGCAUGUCCAGAAGUACCUGCUCACACUCAUGAACAUUGUGAAUGAGAUUUACCAUGACCAGUCUUUGGGAGCAAAGAUCAAUGUGGUGCUGGUGCGGAUUAUCAUGCUUGGCUAUGGCAAGUCCAUGAGUUUGAUUGAACUUGGGAACCCAUCUCAGAGUCUGGAGAAUGUGUGUCGCUGGGCCUUCCUACAGCAGAAGCAGGACACAGGGGACGCUGAGUAUCAUGACCACGCCAUCUUCCUCACCCGACAGGAAUUUGGUCCCACGGGCAUGCAGGGUUACGCCCCAGUGACGGGUAUGUGCCAUCCAGUAAGGAGCUGCACUUUGAACCAUGAGGAUGGUUUCUCCUCUGCCUUUGUCGUGGCACACGAGACUGGACACGUGCUGGGGAUGGAGCACGAUGGUCAAGGGAAUCGCUGCGGAGAUGAGGUGCACAUGGGCAGCAUCAUGGCGCCACUGGUGCAAGCUGCCUUCCACCGCUUUCACUGGUCCAGAUGUAGCAUGCAAGAGCUGGGACGCUACCUUCAUUCCUAUGACUGUCUUCGUGAUGACCCCUUUGACCACAACUGGCCAUCGCUGCCUCAACUUCCUGGUUUGCAUUACUCCAUGAAUGAACAGUGUCGCUUUGACUUCGGUGUGGGCUACACGAUGUGCACUGCGUAUCGCACAUUCGAUCCAUGUAAGCAGCUGUGGUGUAGCCACCCAGAUAAUCCCUUCUUCUGCAAGACCAAGAAAGGGCCACCCAUUGACGGCACUAUGUGUGGGAAUGGGAAGCAUUGCUUUAAAGGUCACUGCAUCUGGCUGACCCCUGACAUCAUAAAGCAAGAUGGAAACUGGGGCUCAUGGAGUGAGUUUGGCCAGUGUUCCCGCACCUGUGGUGGAGGAGUUCAGUUUCGCACACGUGACUGUGACAAUCCUAGACCGGCCAAUGGAGGCCGUACCUGCGUCGGGGCGACUUAUCAGUUCCAGAUGUGCAACACCAACGAGUGUGAGGAUAUCUACAGUGACCCGCGAGAGGAGCAAUGCCAUGCUUGGGACCCUCGCUUUGAACUCCACAGCAACAAGCACCACUGGCUGCCUUAUGAACACCCAGACUCUAACAAACGCUGCCACCUGCAUUGCCAGUCAAAGGAGACACGAGAUGUGGUCUUCAUGCAGAGAAUGGUCCUGGAUGGCACACGCUGCUCAUACAAGGACCCUCACAGUGUGUGUGUGCGUGGGGAGUGUGAGAAAAUGGGCUGUGACGGCGUGGUCGGCUCCUCAAAGCAGGAAGACAAGUGUGGGGUGUGUGGAGGAGACAACUCCAGCUGCAAAACCUUCAAAGACACCAUCACACGUACAGCCAAGAAACAAGGUUUCCUCAAAGUUCUUGAAAUCCCCAGAGGUGCAAGACACUUACUGAUCCAAGAGCUGAAAGCAACGUCACACGUUUUCGCUGUAAAGAAUGUGGCAUCGGGACUGUUCUUCUUAAAUGGGGAAAAUGAAUGCCAAGAAUCCUGUUCGGUCAUAGAGAAGGGCAUAGAGUGGGAAUAUGAGAAUGACAACGACAAGGAGACACUUCAGACCACUGGUCCUCUCAGACAUGGAAUUCUCAUCAUGAUGAAGUUACAUGGAGAUGAGGAUGUGAAUUUGUCAUAUAAGUACAUGAUGGACAUGGACAGUGACUCUGCCAUUCAGAACAACAUGCUGGUGGAGGAUAGUGCCUAUGAGUGGGCUCCGAAGAAAUGGUCCUGCUGCUCCAAGCCCUGCGGUGGAGGAAAACAGUACCUGCGAUACGGCUGUAGAAGAAAAGUUGACAGUAAGAUGGUCCACAAGAGCUUCUGUAACAAAUCCAACAUGAAACCAAGAGGAGACACCAGAGACUGCAACCAGAAGCCCUGCCCUCCACCUGUUUGGGUGACAGGGGAAUGGCAGAACUGCAGCAAACCAUGUGGAAAGACGGGGAUGCAAAUCCGCUCGGUCAGCUGUGUCCAGCCGUCAGACGACAACACCACCCGCUUCAUCCACAAUAAGCACUGCAACGACGACCGGCCUGAGAGUCGCAGAGCCUGCAACCGGCACCCUUGCCCCACCCAGUGGAGAGUUGGACCAUGGUCACAGUGCUCAGUGUCAUGUGGCAAUGGGACACAGCAAAGGCAAGCUCUGUGUCACACCAGAGACAACACUAUCGGCCUGUGUCUGGACAGUAAGCCUGACACCAUCAGAGUGUGCCGCAUGGAUCCAUGUCCCAAGGGCUCAUCAGACCUCAACAAGAAUGGCAACAUCCUGAUCCAGUGGUUAUCUCGUCCAAACCCCAACUUCCCAAAGAUCUCCUCACGCCAGCGUUGUAAUGGAGACCGCUCAGUGUUCUGUCGUAUGGAAGUGCUGAGGCGGUACUGCUCACUACCAGACUACCAGCGUAUGUGCUGCAAGUCCUGCAGCAAUGUUACCAUCACAGGGCCUCUACCUGACUCCACCUCCAGAUCCACCCCUAUCACCUCCAUCCGGCCUAGUGCGACAGUUUUUUCACCCACCAGCACCCUCAGCUCUGGCUUUACUUCCAUCCAACCCACCAAACCUUUUUUCACCACAAUUUCAUCCUCCAUCAUCAAUCCCUGGACCACCACUCAUCCUCCUACCUCCACUACUUCUGCUCCUCCUCAUUCCACUCCUUACCCACUAAGUGCUACACAAAUGAUUACCAAGCCGUCUACCACAAGAGUUCCUGUUCUCCCCAAUACCUUUUCCAUGCCGCCAUCCUCAGUUAUUACAACCUCCCCCAGUGUCACUGCUUACCCCCUGCCUAUGCCUGCCCCAAGUGUUGAUGAAAGUAUAUAUCCACAGUUACAAAUUACUACAAAUAAUCCAACAAUGUCUGGCAUGACAAUUACCACACACCUUCCAGCAACAACUCAUCCAACAAUGACCAAUCCAACAGAAAGCAGUACAAAAACAGAUAUGCCUUUAAAAUCCAAGCCCAAGAAGAAUAUUUUGUCAAAGAAAAAGCCCAAAAAGGUGUUUCCACCAAAGAUCAAUCCAAAAAAGAAUACUGCACUACCAAAUACAACAACAGAAAAUAUUCAGCCAAAGAUCAGUCCCAAAAAGAAAACAAACACUACUCCAAAAGUGCACAGUCCAGGGGACACCAGUUCCCCCAAAUAUACACCAGAAAAAAGUACUCCCAAAAAGACUACUCCAGCAAAACCUACACCUAAAAAGACUACUCCAGCAAAAACUACACCCAAAAAGACUACUCUGGCAAAAACUACACCCAAAAAGAAUACUCCUGCAAAAACUACACCCAAGAAGACUACUCUGGCAAAAACUACACCCAAAAAGACUACUCCGGCAAAAACUGGUCCCAAAAAGACUACUCUAGCAAACACUCCUAAAAAGACUACUCUGGCAAAAACAACACCCAAAAAGACUACUCUGGCAAAAACUACACCCAAAAAGAAUACUCCUGCAAAAACUACUCCCAAAAAGGCUACUCUACCAAAUGCUCCUAAGAAGACUACUCCAGCAAACAUUAUUCCCAAAAAAAUUACUCCAGCCAACACUAAUCAUAAAAACAGUACUCUCACAAAAACUGCUUCCAAAAAGACUCCCCCAGUAAAGACCACUCUUAAAAAGACUUCUUCAGUGAAGACUACCUCUGAGAAAAAACCCACACCUAAAAACGAUCAUCCACCCAAUGCCAAUGCCAAAAAGAACAUUCAGCCAAAGACGAAAGUUGCAAAGCAUGAUCAAACAAAGACAAAUCCCCUAAAGAAUCCCAAAACAGGGCCCAAAAAUGCUACAAACUCUAAGGUCAAGGUUAAUCAAAGUAAAAAAUUGACAAAAAAGACUAAUCCACACAAGAAAACAAUUAAAACAACUUCUUUAUAUUAUACCACAGCUCCCACUCUACAUACAAGUCCAGAACAAGUGAGAGAGUACUUCUCUUUCACUGUCUCACCCAGCACUAGCAUAUCUGCCACAGCUGCAGUUAUGCCUUUCCCUGAGUCCAGAAUCAAUGUUACAUCCAUCAGUAACAACACAUCAACUACGAAGGAAACUCCACUAUCAUCAUGGCAUCAUGGUUCUUUUGCCACAACACCCAGUACUUUUGAUGAUGUCGUAACACCAACUCAAACCACUUAUUUUGAAGACACCUACAUGCCGAGUGGAACCACUCCGUAUAGUGAUGUCGCAAUGACCAACAGCGGUGAUGUUACAGUUACCAGUGGGAUGAUUCUCAGUGGUGAUGACAUCACAGUGUCCUACAACAACAUGGGAGUAAUCAGUGACGCCAUGGUGCUGGACGAAGACCUCACCAUGGUGAUCCCAACCAUCAACAGUGAGGACAUGACAAACCUUGCUUCCUCACCCUGGUUGGACCUGUCUGAAUACAUCCCUGUGAGCAUCCCUGUUCCCACGAAAGCCUCAGACCCUGUCACAGCCUCGUCUCACACUACCGUCACUCCAGCAAUGGAAGAAACAACCAUUUCAGUCGUCACCGCCUCUACCAUAAGAUCUCAGCGGAGGUCGGAGGAGAACAAAGAGAACAACUCCAUCGACGUCAUAUAUAACAGGAUCAUAGGUGUGGACGACAUCUCGCAGAACAAUUUGAUUUCAAAGCGUCGUGUCAGUCUCCGAGAGAGAACCAGGAACAAGCGCAUUCAGGAGCUUCUGGAGGAGAAGCGUAACUUUCUCCUCAGGAUGAAGAGAGGCCACGCAGCAUGAUGGACCAAGCCUUCCCAUUUCUCUUAUAGAGAUGACGUUUUCUGUACAGACUUUUGUAUGCCUUGUUUAAACCCAUCGAAAUUGCCAUGAUGCUUUCUAUCAGGCCAUUCCUCAAUAAAUGAUUAAAUAAAACCCUUUGUUACGGCACUUUCAUGACAAUUAGGAAUAUCAUGUCCAAACAUUUGGACAGUUGUUUUGAAUCAAGAAAAUCCCUUCAGAGCAGGCCUACAACCAAUUGCAGAUUUGAAGCAAAUCGCCCCAUCUGUGUUAAUGCAAUAAUGUAAAACAGAAAGGAAGCAAAACGUGUAUCCCGUUUGACCAGCACUUUGCGAAUCCAAGCUUUUAUCUACACCCACAGUCUUGUUUGGUGAUUCAACGUGAUGUAGGUAAAAUGUCAUUUAUUUUGUAAAAUUAUCCUCACUGGCACUAACACAGCAACAAAGUCAAACUAAAAUUCUCCAUAUUAUGUUAAAGCCCAGGACUGCAGCCCAUUUUCCCACAAACAGAAACUGAUACUCAGCCACUAACAGCAGCUACUGUUUGGACAAGAUGGUUCCUUUUUAAGUGCCCAGCACUUUGAAUACCCUGUACACAGUGCAAAUUGGAGCUUGUGGAGGCCUGGAAGCAUCAUGGAAAUGCUAUAUAAUCAGAAAGUUUCCUUUUGGUUUAAUUGAAUUGUGAAAGUUUACACUGCUUGGAUUAUGGUGCCUUUUCAAUAGAGAUGGGAGGUUUGACUCUUUUUGGUAGCUCAAGUUUGUAUGAGUCACUAGCUAAAGUUUUUGAAGAAUCAGGUUUUCAGGUCACUCAAGUGACCAAGUCAGUCACUCAGAACUUAGUGAAUACCCCACCAAUCCCAGUGCCCAUAGAGCAUGGGCAUGAAAGACUUCCACAAACUGAGCCAGCUAACUUCUGGAUUAGCCCCCUGCUAACUUAAAUGGGAUAAAUGAUUUGAUAAUUUAACCUUGUAACUAUUUUAGACUUUGAGAAGGUUGUAGAUUCAAUUCUCAGGGUGAAACAAGUAAUUUUGUGGGUGAGUUGUGAUGGUCAAAAAAAUUAUUCACCAUUUUACAGCUCCUUUCCAAUCCAUUUUUUUUUUUUUUUUUUUUUUUUUUUUUACAUUAUUGUGUGCAGGAAAAGUUUUGAGUGGGAAGUUGUAAUCACACUACACGGUUUGACCGCUAUGUCAGAUUGGCUUCAAAGCCCUGUUGUGUUCCUCCUGGAUACUUGGUCAGAUGCACUCACCUCAACCCAACACAUCAAUUAGCUGCUGUUCAACCCCAGGAAGUAAAAUGAGAAUACUGACUGAGCGAGUGAGGUAUGCUUGCACCCCAUGUCAGACGUUCAGAUCAAAACAUGGGUGGGCUCCACAGUGGGAACUGAGUUGAAACAAGCAAAGUGGAUUCUUGUUUCACAAGGCAGUUCAGUUAGAGUUGCACAACGGUGGUCAGCACAUGGUUUCAUAUCCUCUUUGCGGUUAGCAAUAGCCAUCAGCAGGAGAGACGGGUCCAUGAACGAGUUAGUGGAGGUGAAGCCUUGUCACUUCAGAGUCAGGACAAAGAGUAGUUUGUUUGAAAAGGCAAAGCAACCGUCUGUCUGACUGCUCGGCGUCUCCCAUCUCUCAAGAAGUUAAAGUACAGUAUGGAGGACUGGUGAAGGGCAUUGCUAAACACUUGGUGCACCCUGAAGUGAUACUGUAUAUUUUGAUAUCUCAUUAAGCUAGGUGCAAAAACAAAAACUUGAAGAGAAAAAAAAAAGAAAUUUAAUGGAAGUUUUUUUUUUUUUUUAAUGAUCAGUCAAGUAUGGUGCUUUUUUCAUUGUUGCUAUAAGCAAUGUCCAUCAUGCACUUAUUUAUGCACAAAAAAAAUACAAAAACAUAAUAGUAAACAAGCCUGUUUGUAUUAACUGUAUCCAUAGAAAAGCCUCAAGGGCCAGUUUGUUUUAUUGUUUCAGAUUUUUAUUAUUGGUACAUCUUUGAUUUGCAGCAGCUGCAAAAGCACCUGUGGAUCUCUGUACAAUAUCUGUACAUAUGAAAAGAACGUAAUGUUUAAUAUUUAUUAAAGUUUAAGUGCCUGUGGUAUUUUGCAAAA